UCCUCCUCCUCUGCUCUCUCUUACAUACGCAUACACACAGAAGAAUAUACACUUGCUCUUCAGACACUCUCAGCCUCUUUUCCUUCUCCGCUGGCUUUCACUGGCCCAGCUCUUCUUCUCCUUCGUCUCAUAAAGGGCAGCGUGAUCAGCAGAGCAUGAGGCUUUUAAUUGAAGCGCACGCGUAUCGUUCUUUAGCUUUGGCAGUUUGGAUCACAGCCAAGGUGUAUCACUGAUGGAGAAGGGACUGCCAUUUCACCUCAGAGAAUCAAAGCGGAGGAAAGACAGAUACAGUAGAGAGACAGAGAAGGUUAUCUGCGCGGUGGCACUUUAUUUGGUUUUUGUUCAACUUCUCUGAUGGGAGAUAAGCUGGCAGGAGAAGCCUAAGUCAAUCACAGAAGAAAGUGGUAAGCAGAGGAAUCACAAAUCACAUGGAGAUGCUGUUAGGUGCACUGUCCCAGAGUCAAGUCCACCCACUCCUGGGAUCGCUGCCUCUGCCGGGUCGACCCCUCCAGCCGCAGACUCACGCCCAGCUGGAGCACUUUCUGCCGCUCAGGGUCAACGGCUCCUCGCCGCUCAGCCUCUUCCCCAAUUUCAACAAGAUGGACCCAGUGCAGAAGGCAGUGAUCAGCCACACUUUUGGCGUGGCCCCACCCAAGAAGAAACCCAUCAUCUCCUGUAACAUCUGUCACCUGCGCUUCAACUCCACUACCCAGGCAGAGGCCCACUACAAAGGUCACAAGCAUGCUCGCAAGCUAAAGGCCUUGGAGACCCAGAGGAACCGGCAGAAGAACGGACACAGUCCAUCCACAAAAGGAAAAGACAGAGAAAGAGAGAGGGGGAUGACUGGAGGAGGAACAGUGCCAACAGACUCACGUUUGAAACACAAAAAAGGCCCAAGCACCUUUUCUCAACCUGCACAGGAGCAAACUGAAAACACCCAUGGGAGUUCUCUGGCAGCCGCUCCCUCCACACAGCCUUCGUCCACGGACUCCUCCUCCUCGCUCCGCUCUCCUCAGCUGUCCCCACAAGUCUCCCCCGGCACUCAGCUUUCUGACCUAGCCACAGAGAGUCCACCUGUGGAAGGGUGCAGCCCGGCCGCCAGCUCAGCCCCAUGCUCUGACCCUCGGGGAAGCUCAAUGGGAGGUGAGGAGGAGGUGGCGAGGGUGGACGAGGCCAAGGAGGCCAAGAGCAACAAAAAACAAGAUUUCCGCUGUCCUACGUGCAAAGUGUCAGUCAAUUCCAGCUCCCAGUUGGAGGCUCACUGCAGUGGCUCUAAGCACAAACAGAUGCUGGACGGUCAGAACAGCAGCCAGUCACAACGCAGGCUCAGGGUGACGUCAACGCCCAGACCCACCUGCCGAAUUAAGCAGCGAACGCACAGCAAGACCAGAGCGGUUGUUGGUGUGUCCGGUCAGCACUUUCACUGUAAACUGUGCCAGGUGUCCGUCAACUCAGAGACACAGUUGAAGCAGCACAUGAACAGCAGGAGACACAAAGAGCGUUUAGCUGGGAAGCCUGUCAAGGCAAAGUUCACCCCCUAUAAUAAAUUACAGCCCGGUGCUGUCUUAGCGACUAAACUGGCCCUGCAGAAGCAGCUGUCCAAGGCCAUGCCAGCAGGUUUCCUGACCAGCCCCCUCAAUCCAGCUGCCUUGUGCACCAUGGCGCCUGGACCCUUGGCGCUACGGCUGCCGCCAGGUCCCGCAGCCAUCAUCCAGAGUCCCCUGAUCAGCCCCACGCUCUUCAGGCCUGCCCCAGGACCUUUGAGGGCCACACACGCACCCAUUAUCUUCUCUCCUUAUUAGCAAUGAGCCAAACUAGGCUGGAUGACCUACAGUAGAGUUGACCUAACCUAGCCAAAGCUGGACAAAGCAGGGGACCCCCUGAGUGACAACAAGACACUAUGCAGUGACAGCGAGGGCAGCAUAUCAGCAUGUCAAGUUUGGCAGGUUCAAGUCAUAAGAACAGUAUGCACAAUCCCCUGGUGUGGACUGAGAUAUCAGCGUUGACUGACCAGUGUCUCACCCCCUUAAAAAUGGAAGGACCAUCACUCAGCUGCUUACUCUCCACAAACUGUUGAGUGCAUGUUCCCGGUGUCAGGACCCCUCUGGAAGCCAUAACGACAAAUAUCUUUUAGUUUUAUUGAUAAGACUACAAUAGACAAAUAAACUAGCGUGUCUACAUCUUACUAAGUAUUUGUUGCCAAAAUUCUUUCAUUUUAAGAGCUUUGUGGUUGUACUCUGGGAGAACAAGUACAACACUUCAUCCCUGCUUUCGUUUUCAUAACAAAGUAUAAAUGAGGAAAAUCCGGAUUAUGUUAAUCGCCCAUGAAAACGGCAACUUCCAUAUAACCCUCUCCCCCUAUGAAAAGACAAAGGGGAAACAUAAUUUUGGAUUGCUGACAAUAUUGCAUCACCACAAAUUUAUGUCUUUACAGCCAUUGUCUGAUGUGUAUGCCUUUUCUUUAUCAUUUAUUUUAGAUAAAUACAUACAUUCAUUUUUAUCUCUCUUGCUCUCUGUGUUAUGAGGUGACAAUCAACCAACACCAUGAUAAUGAUGCCAAUAAUACUUGCUAUAUGGAGACAGAACACAUGUAAUGUAUACAAUGAGAUAGUGUAAUUUAAAGUUAUAAAGUUUGAAACUUGCUUAUCUUCAACAUGAGCCAUUGUAACAAGCUUUUCAGGUGAUGGUUAGAUAAAUAAGUUAAGAUUUUGCAACAGCUUGAUGUUGUUAGUACAGUAUGAAGAGACAGGCUGAUGUGUGCUGUUGUCCAAAAUAUAAACACUUUAGUGACAUUUUAAAUGUGUUUUGACAUUAUUAAACAUUUUUUUUAUAGAGUUGUAUUCCAAAAACUUUUCCUUCAUUAUAGAAAUCUCUCUCCCACCUGAUUGUGCUGAAUCAUCCUAAGCAAUAUGUAUUUUUGAAGUGUCACCUGCUAAAAUUAAUGACUAGUGUAACUGUGCAUCAAUUGCAAUAAUGUAAAUUAUGUGCUAAAAAUGUCAAUACUGUAUUCUAUA